AUGUCCACAAUGCCGAUAUUGCGUACAGCUCGAUUGCGUAUAUCCUGCAUAUCGCAGAUACAAAACCGUCUUUACACACAACUAAAGAGCUCGACUGUAAGAGCAAACGCCGCAAAACGCUUAGGAUAUGUCUCAAUUGCUGGUGUGAUCACAGUAUCGGGUAUUUGGUUUUCAAUAGCUGGCUUUGAUGAUGUGCCACGUUUUGAGGAAUCAUUGCCCAAGCUCUCCACGGCUGCUAGGUCUGAUGCUUCAAAAGCUGAAGUAACACGACGACUUUCGCAAGCAGCAUAUUCUCACAAGGUCUGGAGAAUCGCUGGCGUCGAUAGAUAUGACGGUGCUCAGCUAGCCUCGAAUAGUCCUUGUGAGGACCGGUUCAUCCAUGGUCGUCACGCCUCGCCUUGGAACGACGACGACUCUGCUUGGAUGGCCUGGGCUGUAUUUGAUGGGCAUGCCGGAUGGCAAACGGCAGAUUUGCUAGAGAAACAGCUUCUAUCCAUCGCAGAAAGGGUCCAGCCACUACCAGAGAAGAUGCAGCAAAUAGCACCUGGCUUUGCUGGAUCAUGUGCUCUGCUAUCCUUAUAUGAUCCUACUACAAGGAGAUUGCAUGUGGCAUGUACUGGCGAUUCAAGAGCGGUACUCGGACAACUGGAUGCAGACGGCAGCUGGAAAGCAGUUCCUCUAUCUAUAGACCAGACUGGUAAGAAUGGGGAGGAGAUCGCAAGGCUUAGGCGAGAGCACCCUGGGGAAGAAGAGGAUAUAAUCAAUAAUGGCCGUGUUCUAGGCCUUGGGGUCUCGCGUACUUUCGGUGAUGGGCAAUGGAAGUGGCCAAUGGAGUUGCAAAGAGACUUUUCUAAGCGAUUCAUGGGUCCCGGAUUUCUAACGCCCAAGUACAAGUACGAGACACCGCCAUACAUAACAGCUGAGCCAGUUGUAACUACCACUAAGAUUGAGCCUGAAAAGGUUUACUUUUUAAUUCUUGCAACAGAUGGUCUGUGGGAAUCAGUCUCAAGUCAGGAAUCGGUCGAUCUAGUUGCGACAUGGCUGCAGACCACAUCUCAAGGUUCGGAAAGGAAGACCAAAAUAGCAGAGCCGACGUACGGACCCUUUGACUUCACCGAAUGGUGGAAUGGAACGACCUGGGCGUUUAUGAAGGAGAGAACAAUUGUACAGGACAGCAAUGCUGCUGUUCACUUGGUGCGAAAUUCGCUCGGUGGGAAUCAUCAUGAAAUGAUAGCAGGCCGGCUCGCUAUAGACUCGCCGUUCUCCCGGCGCUUGAGAGAUGAUAUCACUGUCCAGGUUGUGUUCUUCAACGGUGUUACAGAUGCAAUUAAGAAAUAG